GGCGCAAGGUCGCCGCCGGCCGUGACGGCGCGAGUGACGGCUGGAACUGGAGGCUCCAGUGGCGCUCCUGGCGGCCGGACGAGCGGUCAUGGCCACGGCUCUGCUCCUGCUGCUGCUCCAGCUGCUCCUGCUGCUGCUGGCGGCGCGCGUAUCUGGGCUCGUGAGCCAGCACGUGGCAGGCGCCCCCAGAGACUGCUACGAGAGGGUCGCCAUCGGCCAGAAGCUGUCGGCGGGCGUCGCGACGCGCUCCGUCGCGGCGCAGAGGGACGCCGACUGCGAGGCGGCGUGCGACGACGCCCUGGCCGACUGCGAGGCCUUCAGCUUCAGGCUGGACCCGCACACAGACAACGGCACCUGCUCCCUGGCCAAGGCUCUGCCCCCCAGGAGUUCCUUGGAGGAGGACCCCGACUCUGACGUGUUCGUCAAGAAGCAGGAGUGCCGCUUCACCCGGCCUGCGCCCCCUGAGUACGGGCCCCGUCCCGCCGAGCGCCCCACGGACUUCAGGGCGUGCUACCGGCGGCUGGCGGCGGGCAGGCGGCUGGCAGAGCGGCUAGUGAGGAGGUCGCUGCCAGCCCUCACCGUGCAGGACUGCCAGCGGGAGUGCUCCAGCGAGAGGCGCUUCACCUGCGAGGGAUUCAACUUCAGGCUGGACGCGGCGGGCUUCGGCCGCAGCCUGUGCGAGCUUGGAGCCACGCCCAGCGGACAGCUGGACGCCAGCUACGACCUGUACCCGGACCCCGACUACGACUACUACGAGUGGGACCGCGGCAGCUCGCCCGAGUGCCGCGCGGGCCCGGCCGCCGGCUCGCUGGACCGCUGGGGGGCCGAGUCCCCGGAGAGACGGCCCUACGGCGGCGGCUGGGGCAGCUACGAGCCGGUGCCGCACAGCUGGAGGCCCGCAUGGCGGCCGCCGCACUCACAGUCUCCGGGGGCGGUGGGCUACCCUCGCCCCAGGCCGCCCCCGCCGCCUCUUCACGGACAGUCUCCGGGGGCCGUGGACUACCCGCACCACAGACCGCCGCCCCCGCCUCUUCACGGACAGUCGCCGGGGGCCGUAGACUACCCUCGCCCCAGGCCGCCCCAGCCGCCGCCACCGCCAGUGCAGGACUGCUUCCUGAGGUACCGCACGGGGUUCCGGCUGGACCGACGGGCGGUGAGGUCGUCCCUGUCCGUGUCCUCCGUGCACGAGUGCGAGGCAGAGUGCUACAACCACAAGCACUUCGUCUGCAACACCUUCAGCUUCAGGUACAGCCUGGAGCCCAGCUUCCCGGCAGACAACUGCCAGCUGAGCGAGCGGCCGUACCGCGAGCUGGACGCCUACACCGAGGUGCUGCCGGACCGCGACUACGACAUCUACGUGCGAGGCGACCACCCGGGCACCUGCCUCGCCCCCCUGCCCGCGCAACAUCCCCCCGGCCGCCCGCACAUAGAGUGCUUCAUCAGGGUGCGCACGGGCCAGCGCCUGGACCACGCUGUCGUCAAGGAGUCCCUGAGCGCGCGCUCCGUCGUCGACUGCGAGAUCGAGUGCCUGCGCUCGCGCUUCUUCACCUGCCGCCUCUUCAGCUACAGGUACGGCUCGGCGGUGAUCGGCGGCGCGCCCCACAACUGCCAACUGUCGGACUGGCCCUUCGCGCAGCUGGACCCGCGCCGAGACGUGCGGGACGACGCAGAGUACGAGCUGUACGAGCGAGGCAGCUACGGCCACGGCUGCGAGGUGGACCGCCGCCUGCCCGCGCCGGCCCCCGACCGCCCGGGGACAGCCCAGUGCUACGUGGCCUACGGAAGCCCCGCGCGCCUGCUGCCGUCCGCGGUGAAGACCCAGCUGUCCGUGCCCUCGGAGGCCGACUGCAAGGCGGAGUGCGACAGGAGCCGGGACAAGUUCAUCUUCUACUGCGCCGCCUUCAGUUUCUGGAGCAAGCAGGACUACCACAGCGCGGCCACGCCCAACUGCCUGCUGACGGACGUGGAGCAGCACGACCUGCGGCCGGGGCUGGACUACGCCCACGAGGCCGGCCACUGGCUGUUCGCGUGGGACGGCCGCGACCCGCGCUGCUCCGAGCGGGUCCCCCACCGCCCGCCCUCCGGCCCCCUGGGCCACCUCGCCUCCACCGCGCUGGCCGUCUUCGAGCCGGGCAGCACCUGGCAGAGAUUCACCGUGUCGGGACGGCCGUGCAGACGCGGGGCGGCCUGCGCAGAGAACCCGGUGGCCGGCUUCUGGUCGUGCCCGCUGGAGGGCGGCGACGCCGGAGACUUCGACUACUGCUGUCGGCCGGGACACCACUGCGGCUUCUCCGAGGGCUUCAGCUACCCCUGGUGCUACGUCGGCAGCGCGAACCGCGACCAGUGGCGGCCGUGCAGCGACCAGUACUUCCCCUACCACGACCACGGCCCCCGGCCCCACGGAGACUACGGCCCGCCCCGCCACUGGCCCGUGGCGUACCUGCAUUCAGAGGGGCCUCCCAACGCCACCGUGCACUACUCGCGACCCGGCGCCGACUACCCACGGGCCGGCAACGACUAUCCUCGGACCGGAAACGACUAUCCUCGGACAAGCAACGACUAUCCUCGGACCGGCAACGACUAUCCUCAGACAGGCAACGACUAUCCUCGGACCGGCAACGACUAUCCUCGGACCGGCAACGACUAUCCUCGGACGGGCAACGACUAUCCUCGGACCGGCAACGACUAUCCUCGGACCGGCAACGACUAUCCUCGGACCGGCAACGACUAUCCUCGGAUGGGCAACGACUAUCCUCGGACCGGCAACGACAAUCCUCGGGCCGGCAACGAAAACUCGCGGCCUGGCACCAGCGCCUUCCCCUCGCCAUUCGACGACCAGGACAACCACAUCGGCCCUGAAGCGUACCGCCACAGCUACGGGAAGCAGAUGGCGAGGUACGGCUACCCGCCUGCCAACCGCAGCACGCCGUACCGGCCGGCCGCCGAGCACAAAGAGGAAGACCGCCUGUUCGACGUGGUGGAGGAGAAGAUGGACGCGGGCAACGCCACCCGGGAGGAGGCCCCGGCGACGAGGGAGACCCCCCAGCCCCGGCUGGUGCAGGCCCCCGCGAGGAUGUGGAGCUGGCGGGAGAGCGACCUCGACGGGAAGCCCACCGGUCGGGUGGUGAUCCGGAGGAGGGUCCGCCCCGGCCCCGUCCUCAUCACCGCGACCAACCCGGUGCCCGUGAGCGUCGCCCCGAGGCGACAGUCCUGACGGGCGCACCGUUCCCCCCCCCCUCCCCAAUCCCUCCGGCACGUUUCGCUCUCGCACGCGUCGUGAGUCCUGCGAGUCGACCGCCCAAGAUACCCGGUGAGCUGGGCCGAGGCUGGCUCACGUGGCUGGCAAGGCUCAACUAGAACCCCCAGUAAUACACACAGUUUACAAGUGCAAUAGCCCACUGCCUUGAGCCCCUAAGUGCGUAACUGAACUUCCUCACGUUCCAUAACAUAGCCAGGAAGAGACAAUAUCAGGAUAAAUACUACCCCUCCCCCCUUCCACAUAGCUUAUGUGGCAGCUCUUCAAAAAAAAAAAUUAUUUGCAUUCGGUUCUAGCUUGAACAUAAAAUCAGGUUUUUUUAAGCUGCCAAGAAAACAAAAAGUGGUCCAAAAAUACAAGUUAAGUGCCACAACAAAUUUUUGGCAGCAAACGCAAAAUAAAAUCUCUAUUUUUUUCCUCUCCUGCCAGGAAAUUUGCGUCCAGCCCUGGUUCUAUAAAGAAGUUAAACCAAAGGAAGAAAUUUAAUUUUAAACUUCAACUCUUGAUAGCUUUACUAAGAACACAAGCUAAAAAUAAUUUAAAUAUUUUGGCUAGCAUAGUAAAAAAAAUUAAAUACUUUACAUAAAAACCAUUUUUGAAUUGGAAAGAACUUGCAAUAAGCAUUAGCAAGGGCACUAAACUGAUAAAUGUUAGUUAAGUUAGUGGUUUGAUUCUUUCAAUGUGGUGGAGUUUUCCCACUAAUAUCACCCCCCCCCCCCCCCCCCCAAAAAAAAAAUACUCUGUUUAAUAAGAUUGCGCAGAGGGAUUCAAAUGAACACGAUCGUGGACAAGGAAAAUACACUUUGUACACUUCGGCAGCCAUGGAAAUAUCAGCACUAAUAGGUUAGCAUACGGCGACGACGGAAAAAACAUCACGACGCAGUGCAAAAGCGAAACAGCUCACAAUAUCAAAACUUAUGUUGAUUCAACAAAUAACAUAUUCAAGACAGCAUCAUAUAAGUUGUUGCAUUCUUGCCUUACUGAUUUAUAGCAGAAUUUUCAUAGAUGACAUAUUUAUGUCUGGCAUCAAUUUAAUCAAACAUUAUUAAUUUAAGAUAAGUAUAAGUUGACGGCACAUUUUGUUUGUAAUACAAAAAGUUAAGUGUUCCAACCUUCAGAUCACAGAAAUUUUUAGGGGUUUGCCUAAAUUAUGGUAGACAGAAAAGUAUGAGAUAAUAUAAAAUAUAUACUAAUCAAUUUUCAAAAUCUUUAGUUUUGAGGUAUCCUACAUACACCUUCUUGCCAUAUGCAAUAAUGAGACUUUUUUACUGAUGCAAAAGUAGGUUGUAUAACCAAUAUUUGUAGCAUUAAAGAACAUGCCUUUUCAUGUAAGUUAGGAUAAGUAAAGUUAGUCCCGCCAAUCUAUGAUCAUUUAAAUAUUUAUCAACAACUUCUCGCCCAACGAAGCAUGAAUUCAACGUUUGUGUGUGAACCAGUGAAAUUAUUAGAUUUGCAAAUAUUGGUGAAAAGCCCAAAAUAUUAAUUAUAACAUUAGUAAACUCAAAAGGCACAGAAUUAAUUCCAUUAUUAAUAUCGUCACCCUUUUGGUCAUUUAUGGUGGCAUCAUGAUUCCUAAAUGAAAAAAAUUGGUACCAAAGAAGUAAACUUUUGGAGAUAUUGUUAAAAAUACACAAAAUGUGAACCCUACUGUAAUUUGUAUUUCACCCAAAAUCUCAUUGAGUAAAAUCCUACUCCAAAAUCAGCAGAAAAAGUAUAUAAUAGGUGACACUAUUCAUCAUUAUUAAUUAUCAAUAAUUGAUCCACUUUUGAAUUUUAUAGCAGUUUGAUGUAUCUCAAAUAUGAACUUUGUACUUCCUACAUCCAGAACACUUAAAUCAAAUACUUUUGUGUCCUUAAAAACCAAAGAAAAUUUUUAUCAACUCAAAUGAACUUAGUAAUCUGAAACUUCUUGUGUAACUGCAUAUCAAUAAUUAAAAAAAAACAGUUAGUUGAUAUAAUUUGCAGUUCUACAAAGCAAUUUACCCAAAAUAUCAUUUCAAAUCUCUCUUUAAGUGAAUUGACUUAUCUAAAUUUUAGUUAAAUUUUGACCCUAACAAAUAUUUAACGUCUAAUAUUCCACUUUAUGAGUGUAUUCCAUAUUUUCAAACAGACUAUGUAUUUUUAUCUAGUCUACUACAUACUAUAAUCAAACUUAGACAAUAGUACUGAAGGAUCCUUAGUAUUUUUUUUGUCUCUGACCUUACCAUUCCCUAAAACUGCCUAUAUCAUGCCAAUUGAUAAAUUUUAUAACCAAAAGAGCUAAUGCAUACUGAAAAUGACAUGUAACGAUAAUGAUCAACUCAAAGAUGCAUCAUGCAUACACACCCGAGUGGUUGCAUUAAUAAAUGCAUCAGCAUUCCUCAUGAAAGUUUGGACGCUAAGCAAAUAUACAGCAUCCAGCAUCCGUAUUGAUGUGAUUUAUUUGGGUCCGUUACGUUAACGGAUCCUCUGGGUAACUAUUGGGGUACAGCCUUGGUGUAUUUCUAUAAACUAAUUCAUGACAGAAAUUUUUUUUCUACAGCUUCGACUAAGGGCGAAAUAAGAUUAUUCUGUGAUGAUAUGUUUGAACAUGUGGUGAUUCGUGUGUAAGUAUUUGUAUAUAGUGAGUAUGUUGUGUUGAAUGUAAUCAUCCUAGAUAGCACAAUAUUUCUUUGUACGUAAUUUUUUUACAUCAAUAAACCAAAAUUAAAAAAGAUAGUCUCAUAUUUACUUUAAAUAGAUCUACACUAGUAAAAUAACAAAUGAAAUAAAGAUAUCUAUCUGGGUUACAUAGCAUUUUCCUAGCACUUUGACAAAUCAUCUUGCCUUAACAGCCCGUAAGAAAACUUGUUUCUAAAGCAAAUUAUAACUUUACACAUUUCCUAAUAAUCUUUUAUUUUAUCUUUUAGCCUUGCUCUGAGUUUCAGUAUACGCGAGCAUUUAAAAGCUGAGUGAAGAAAAAUUUUUCUCCAAAAAUUAGUGUGGAUUUUAAAACUAGCAAUUCUACAGAAAUAACAUAUUCGAACCACAGAUCCCGGAUCUAAUGAAAAAAGGCAAUUUGCUCAUCCUGAAAGUAGGGGAACGGAUGGUUGCCUUGGCUCCGUGGAAUAUUCGCCUCGGAUUUAAUGCAAUGUGAGAACAUUCUAGCCCUGUCCCACAGCACGAUUUAGUCCACUCAACUAGUUUCAAGUGGUUGAGUAUUUAGCAUCUACACUGUACAUCUCAUACUAAUAAUUUUAAUUUGUACAUCAUCUUUGCUUUUCAGAUUUUGUUAAAUACUUAAAUAUUGGGAGACUAACCUUUUACCCACAAAUUAUUAAUUUACAUACUGGUUUUUAAUGCAGUAAUGUCUCCUCAGAGAGAGAGAGAGAGAAAAAUAAUGAACUGAUUUAUUUACAUUGAUGAAGUCGAGUACCAAUUAUAUACAUACAUUGCAAAGUCUCAAUAUGCAAAGUAAAUGCUCUGAUGACCAAAUUAUGUUACAUAGAGAUCGAUCAGAAAUUACUUUUCAUUCGCCAGAUUUUACAAGAAACCAGGCCAAAAAAACUUUAGACACAAGUCGUUCCAAUUUUGAACGACAGGGACUUGAAGUUGGCCAGUUGCGGACAAGUUGGCGAAAGAACUAGGAGACGCGCACACAUGCUGUGAUGUUGCUGAUGUGUAUGUGCUACAUUCUUCCCCCUCCUCCCACCAACCCCUGUCCCCUUCCAGCGCACCUCUCAUGGUCACUAGCUAGUGACUGGUUGUCUUAAAGUAGUACUUAGAAUUUCUAUUUAACCAUGGUAUACUUUAAACCACAAGUCUGGCUACUUCUUUUAUAGCUGAUCUUCAAAAUGCUAUUUUGCUCUCUAUACACACUCCUUAUGCUAAUACACACAUAUUAAGUAU